UCAGCUGACAAGUGAAUCUUGCCUCCCCUCGGUUGGGGAGGAAUUGAAUGGAAAUCCGUGGCAGCAAGAUGGAUUUUCCUGUGACAGUGAUGAGCUGAAAGACACGACAUGCUUUCUCUUUGGCCGACGCAGAAUUGCUUAGGGGCAGUAAGCCUGGCUUGUUUAAAUAGCAUUAGUGUUACAGAGCAGACAUGGGGUGCUCCAGAAUGGUGAAACGCUGAAGCUUCCCAUUGGGAAAACAUAAUUUUUUUAUAAACAUUUAUAUCACAAUCAGAAAGUAAAUGGGUUUUGGAUACUGUCGAGAUUAUAUUUACAAUCUGUAGUGUUUUUUGGGAAUAAAGGAUGAUGAUGUCUGGAAGCACUGAGAUGUUUCAGUCUCUUUGUCACCAGAGAAACGACGAAGAGGCUGUAGUGGACAGAGGAGGAACACGUUCUCUUCUGAAAACACAAUUUGAAAAGGAAGAUUUGGAAGGUCAUCGGACACUGUUCAUUGGAGUACAUGUACCUCUUGGGGGGAGAAAAAGUCAUCGGCGUCACAGGCAUCGUGGACACAAACACAGAAAAAGAGACAGGGAGCGUGACUCAGGGUUAGAAGAUGGUCGAGAAUCUCCUACAUACGACACUCCGUCCCAAAGAGUGCAAUUCAUUCUGGGAACAGAGGAUGAUGAUGAAGAACACAUUCCGCAUGAUCUUUUCACAGAGCUGGAUGAAAUUUGCCUACGUGAAGGGGAUGACGCCGAAUGGAGAGAGAUGGCAAGAUGGCUGAAGUUUGAAGAAGACGUUGAAGAUGGUGGAGAAAGGUGGAGCAAACCGUACGUUGCCACGUUGUCACUUCAUAGCUUGUUUGAAUUAAGAAGCUGUAUCCUGCAUGGUACCGUUCUACUGGACAUGAGAGCUAAUACCUUGGAAGAAAUUGCAGAUAUGAUUCUUGAUCAGCAAGUAGCUUCAGGACAGCUGAGUGAAGACGUUCGUCAAAGAGUUCAUGAAGCGUUAUUAAAACAGCACCAUCAUCAAAAUCAGAAGAAGCUAAGUAACCGGAUUCCAAUAGUACGUUCCUUUGCUGACAUUGGCAAGAAACAAUCAGAACCUCAUUCUAUGGAUAAGAAUGCAGGUCAGCUUGUUUCUCCGCAGUCUGCUCCCUCCUGUAUUGAACACAAAAAUGAUGUCAGCAGAGAGAACAGCACUCUUGAUGUUACCAAGUUUGACUUACAUUUUAUGAAAAAGAUUCCUCCAGGAGCUGAAGCUUCGAACAUUCUUGUUGGUGAACUGGAGUUUUUAGAUCGGGCGGUAGUUGCGUUUGUUAGGCUGUCUCCUGCCGUUUUGCUCUCCGGGCUUACAGAAGUUCCCAUCCCAUCCAGAUUUCUGUUCAUUCUCCUGGGGCCGCUUGGAAAGGGUCAACAGUAUCAUGAGAUCGGCCGAUCAAUUGCAACUUUGAUGACAGACGAGGUAUUCCAUGAUGUUGCCUACAAAGCUAAGGAUCGUAACGAUUUGGUCUCUGGAAUAGAUGAGUUUCUCGAUCAGGUCACAGUGCUUCCACCUGGAGAGUGGGACCCUUCAAUUCGCAUUGAACCACCAAAAAAUGUCCCAUCACAGGAGAAACGUAAAACUCCAGGCGUACCAAAUGGCACAGCAGCUCUAGGUGACGCAGAAGAACAUGAGGGGCAUAGUGGUCCUGAAUUGCAAAGAACUGGAAGAUUUUUUGGGGGCCUGGUAUUAGAUAUCAAGAGAAAGGCACCCUUUUUCUGGAGCGACUUCAGGGAUGCCUGCAGCUUACAAUGCCUAGCGUCGUUUCUGUUUCUCUACUGUGCGUGCAUGUCUCCUGUCAUCACUUUUGGAGGUCUUCUUGGAGAGGCGACUGAGGGUCGUAUAAGUGCAAUAGAAUCUCUUUUUGGAGCAUCAAUGACAGGAAUUGCAUAUUCCUUGUUUGGUGGACAACCUCUGACAAUUCUGGGGAGCACAGGACCAGUGUUGGUGUUUGAAAAAAUUCUAUUUAAAUUUUGCAAGGAAUAUGGACUCUCGUACCUCUCCUUACGAACUAGUAUAGGUCUCUGGACCGCCUUUAUGUGCAUUGUUUUGGUUGCGACGGACGCAAGUUCCCUUGUGUGCUAUAUUACGCGCUUUACCGAAGAAGCAUUUGCGUCUCUCAUCUGCAUCAUAUUCAUUUACGAGGCAUUAGAAAAGCUGUUUCAACUAGGUGAGAAACAUCCAAUCAACAUGAAUAAUAAUUUGGAACUUCUAACACAGUAUUCAUGCGCUUGCACAGAGCCUACUAACCCUAGCAAUGAAACCUUGGAUUAUUGGAAGGACCAUAAUAUAACAACGUCAGAAAUAUCCUGGAACAACCUGACUGUUAAAUCAUGCCAUGAGUAUAGAGGAGCUUUUGUAGGACAAGCAUGUGGUCAUGAAGGCCCUUAUGUUCCUGAUGUUCUCUUCUGGUCAAUCAUCCUCUUCUUUGCUACUGUUAGUUUAUCGUCAACACUGAAGCAAUUUAAAACAAGUCGGUAUUUUCCAACAAAGGUGCGGUCCAUUAUCAGUGAUUUUGCUGUGUUCCUCACAAUCAUGGUUAUGGUUCUAACAGAUUACUUUAUUGGGAUUCCAUCUCCAAAGCUUCAGGUUCCAAGUGCUUUCAAGCCAACCAGAGAUGAUCGUGGCUGGCUAGUCAGUCCUUUGGGACCAAAUCCUUGGUGGACAAUAGUCGCUGCUAUAAUUCCAUCCCUGCUUUGUACCAUUUUGAUAUUUAUGGACCAACAAAUCACUGCAGUUAUUAUCAACAGAAAGGAACACAAGCUGAAGAAAGGCUGUGGGUAUCAUCUUGAUCUUCUCGUGGUUGGUGUUAUGCUCGGUAUUUGCUCGAUCAUGGGUCUACCAUGGUUUGUUGCAGCCACCGUCCUCUCCAUCACUCACGUGAACAGUCUGAAGCUGGAAUCCGAGUGUUCAGCUCCAGGAGAACAGCCCAAAUUUUUGGGGAUCCGAGAGCAAAGGGUUACUGGACUCAUGAUUUUUGUUCUGAUGGGUUCAUCUGUCUUUAUGACAAGGGUACUUCAGUUCAUCCCUAUGCCGGUUCUUUAUGGAGUUUUCCUCUACAUGGGUGCUUCAUCGCUAAAGGGAAUUCAGUUCUUUGAUCGGAUCCUCCUUUUCUGGAUGCCAGCAAAGCACCAACCGGAUUUCAUUUACCUUCGACACGUUCCUCUCCGUAAGGUUCACCUCUUCACGGUUAUUCAGCUGAGCUGUCUAGUGUUACUGUGGGUCAUAAAAGCUUCUCGGGCUGCCAUCGUAUUCCCUAUGAUGGUGUUAGCACUGGUUUUUGUAAGGAAGCUAAUGGACUUUUUUUUCACCAAACGGGAACUGAGCUGGUUGGAUGAUUUGAUGCCCGAGAGUAAGAAAAAGAAAUUGGAGGAUGCUGAAAAAGAGGAAGAACAAAGCAUGUUAGUGUUAGAGGAUGAAGGAACAGUCCAGUUACCAAUGGAAGAGAAUUGCAGAGAGGAUCCAUCAGUAAUAAACAUUUCUGAUGAAAUGGCAAAAACUUCUGUGUGGAAGACUCUGCUUAUAACCUCAGAAAAUUCAAAGAAUAAGGAACCACCCUGUUCUUCUAAAAGCUCCCCUUCCUAAUCACUGUAGGAGCUGAUUCCCAAAAGUUUCGAAAGCAAGGAAGACAAGACAACUUCCUCAGGGAAAAGUAUCGACAGGGAGACGUGUCUUUGACUUGCUCUUCAACCUUUUUUUUUUUUUUAAAAGAAGACUACUCGUGGUGAUCCAAGUCUGUUAACUUUACUAUAAAUUGUCACAUUUAUUAGCAGUGCAAUACAUAACAGACGCAUUAGCUCCUUUGCUGUCAGAAGAACGAGCAAUAAAGCCUGUCUGAUGGUGAGGGAAUUA